CUCCCGGAGCCAGCCGAAGAGGAAGGAGGACAGGGCCCGAUGGACGGCCGGGCCCGGAGGUGGUGGGCCCUGCCCGGCCUCAGCCCGGCCCCCCUGCUGCUGGCUUGCUUGCUGCUGGCCUGGCCCCGGGUGCCCGCAGGGCAGUCAGUGAGCCAGCCGGGCUCCCCCAUCCUGGUGUCCCUGGCCAACGGAGCCGUUUCCUUCAACUGCAGCAUCACCUACCUUUACACCCCCAAGUUCAAGUCCUUCGACGUCUCCUACUUUUACAUGGACACGCAGGGCCGGCCGUCCAAGGAGCAGACCGUCCCCUGCCCGCCCAGCUCGGGCACCGAGAACCAGACCCACACCGUGGUGUGCCAGAUCACCGCCGGGCUGGCCAGGGCCUCCGCCACGGGCACCUACUACUGCGUGGCCCACUGGGGGAGGAUCGUCGUGAGGGGCCCGGGCACCUUCAUCCUGGUCAGAGACGUGGGGUACCAGGAGCCCCCCCUGGGCUCCCGGAAGUUCCUGCUCCUGUUCUUCCUUGGCCUCCUGAGCGUCUUGAGCCUCCUGGGCACGGCGCUGCUGCUCCGGAAGAAGGCACGGACCCCAGGGAAGCACCUUGCCUGGAAAUGCCCAGCCACCAGCCCUGCCAAAGGUCCGCAGCAGCUGACCCCCGAUUCGGACUCCGUCUACACGGCCCUGCAGCGCCGAGACACUGAGGUCUACUCCUGCAUCCAGAGCGAGGCCAGCAGCCCGUCCCCCCUCCAGACCCCGCACUCCCAGGAGAAACUGCGCAGAUUUGAGGAUGACGGUGAAUUUAACCUGGUCUAUGAGAAUCUCUAGCCCCAGCGCUGCCUGCCUCCGCCUCGGCCUUGACCUGUACCAGGCGUGAGCCCCGGGGGGCCCCGUCAGUCCCCCCACGUGCUCACCCUCCUGCCGGCUCUGCCCUGCGCCCAGGGACCCCCGCGCCUCAGGUCGCCUGGCCUUGGUCCAAGCCGUGCCCGCUGCAAGGGGCCCUUCCUCCUCGCGGGGAGGGGGUGACCGGAGGAGCGGCUAUGCCCCCCCUUCCCCACUGCCCGGGUGGAGGGAAGGCAGGAGGCCUCUGCCGUGAGAGGGGGCUGGGUGGGCGGCAGGCAGAGGCUGGAGACCAAGGACUGGUGGGGCGGGGUGGGGCUCUGGGGUGGGGAGGGCCCCGCCCCCCCAAACCUGAGGCUCUCCCCUCCCCACAAGGAGGCCAGAUUGCCUCCCAGCUCGGUGCAUCCCCUGCUGGCAAACUGCCCCCACCCAGUGUGGCCUACCCAGUCCAGUCCCGAAGCCUGGAGCGCCGCCCACCGGCCUGGCCUGGCCCCGUCUUUGUCUGUCCUGUGCCCAGGACCCCAGUGGUCAGGAUCUGGGCCAGCCCCUGGCCUCGCCUCUGAGGCCGCCUCUCUCCCAGGGCUGCCCUGCCCCAUAAGCUGUCAGUGCGUGACCAAGGAUGCCCACGGCUGCAUUAGCCCCAAAUGUUAACGCUCUUAACACUUAGAGGCGUCAAAAUGGGGUCCUGCCGCCCAUCACAUAAAGACAAAGCAACCCAUCGUGUGAUGGGUCUUUAAUGGAAAUAGUGUGGAGGAGAAAGGAUGUUCCCAAUAAAAGUUUUCCAAU